CUUCAGAUACAUUUUACCGUGAUUUUUUUGACAUGCUCUGUUUAAUGGCGUGUUUGUCACGCUGUCGUGUGUCAUUAGCUUCGUAGCAGCUGAGACGCUAACGUCAAAUAAACCGUAACCCAACAGAGUUAAAGCGAUCUACUGCGUGAUCUCUAAACACCCGCCUUCUUCCGAGGAAAAGUGGCCUACAUCCGUAUUAUUAUGCUAGUCGGACUGUUCCACUGCUGAGACCUGCAGCGUCAUACUAAUGUUUACUAGAGCUAUUUAAUCAAAUUGAACCCACAAUCAGACAGUCAUCUUAUCUUCCAGCGUUAACCACGGACUGGUGUAGAGUUUAACCUAUUAACCAGCGGCGGGGUCUCUUCCUGCGUGAUGAGUGGUGAUGAUCUGAACCCAGCUGCAGUGGCUCUGCCAGUCGAGGAUCGGCAGGGUGAUGGACGGUGGAUGUCACAGCAUACAAGGUUUGUGCAGGAGUGCAAAGAUGGCGAACCAGAGGUUCUUUUUGUAGGGGACUCAAUGGUGCAGCUAAUGGAGCAGUAUGAGAUCUGGAAGGAGAUGUUCUCUCCUCUUCAUGCACUUAAUUUUGGUCUAGCCGGUGACACCACCUGUAAUGUGCUGUGGAGGCUGCAGAACGGAGAGCUGGAGAACAUCCGCCCGAAGGUGGUGGUUUUGUGGGUGGGGACCAACAAUCACGACCACACAGCAGAGCAGGUUGCAGGAGGAAUUGUUGCCAUCGCACAACUACUCACUAACCGCCUUCCCAAAGCUAAGAUUGUUGUCCUGGGUUUGUUACCCCGCGGAGAGCAGCCCAACCCGCUGAGGGAGAAGAACGCCGCAGUCAACAGGCUCCUGCGCUCCUGGCUGCCACGGCUGGGCCAGGCUCUGUUCUUGGACGUGAGCAACGAAUUCAUCCACUCCGACGGGACCAUCAGCUCCCAGGACAUGUUUGACUACCUCCACCUGACGCCAACAGGUUACAACAUCCUGGCCAAGCCUCUCAGCGACCUGCUGCUUCAGAUCCUGGAGGAGACGCCCGAGGAGAGAAGGCCGUCGCUGGUUUAAGGGCUGCGAGUCCACCAGGAGAAAUGUCUGACUUGGAGAAGGGGAUCUGGAGCAGUGAGCUGGGAGUGGAGGAAGACGCUCUGCCCGACAUAGACACUGAUUGCAUUAGGAAGCUGUAAGUUCAAUUCACUGCAGCUGCAGAUGGGGGGAAAAAAACAAAAACCAUUGUACAAUGUCUGAAUAUAUAUCUAAAUCUGGAAAAAUGAAGAAAAAAUAUUUUAAAGUUUCUCAUUACCUCACCUUUGACUGUUUUGAUGAGCAAACUAAGCUCAUCAAAAUCUGAAGUAAAGCCUAUCCAGUCUCUUGGAAAGCUGCAGGCCUUCUUUCAGGUUUACGUUCCAUUGUAAACUUCUUGGUGUCUAAAAGCAGAUCAAAAACAUCACUAACCCGUACAGUUGCAAUAUAAAGCGUUUGUAUAUAUUUGAAACUGUGGUAUAUAUGUAUAGUUCUGAAUCUGUUAAAAGGAGACAAUCCGCAUGAAAUUAAAGCAAAAGCACUAUUUUUUUUUUUCCUUUUAAAACUCACAGUAGUUGUGUGUUUUAUCAUUUGACCCUGGAGGAAGAAGUAUUCAAACGCAGCACUAGCAAUCCAAAACUAAAUCACACCGAUACCGACGAUGAGUGUUUGCAAGCUCCUGUCAAGAAUCGGAAGAAGCUGCAUUUGGACGUUCAUCAGAAUGUAAAGAAUUUAACAUCUUUGUAAGUGCGUUUAAAAUCAGCAUGGGCACAGAUUUAAAUGUACUGCUUGCUCUUACAAAGAAAAAAGAAAGUAUGUAUGCAGCCGUUGCUAUUGUUGUUUUUCUCUUGUGUGUUUAUUCCUCCCGUGUGCAGUUUGUUUGACAUGUGCCGGUUUGAUAAUUCUGAGUGAAACUAUUUUUUAGUUCCACACCACACAAAUAAGAAGGGAAAAAAAGGAAAGAAAAUAGUUAUUAUCCACACAAAAUGAACAAUUAUUACAGUUAUAUUGCAACAGUUUUGUUGUUCUGAUUCCUGAAAAUGUAGACUACCUGCUAAAUUUUGUUUAUUUUUUAGAAUGUAAAUUAAGAAUAAUAAACGGAUAUUGGGUGCUUAGUGUGGCUAUCUACUCCACUACAGCCUCCAGUCAGCUGCUCAGCGUUCUUGGUGUAAAUGCUUCCCAAAUUAGGUUUUUUUUUGUUGUUUUUUUUGUUUUUUCCUAAUGGUUGAAUGAGUCUUUCAGCCAGCUGACCAGCUGUGGGAUGAGUUUGUACCACAAUGUAGUCAAUGAAGCACGUUCUCUUUAAAUAGACUUUCAACCACAGGAUUGGUAUGAUGGAAUUAGUCGUUUUGAUAGGUUUUUAAAAUCCUAGUGCACCUAGACUUUGGUAUCCGGCGCAUGCCUUGUUGUUUGUUUCAACAUAUUUUACUAACACACAAAUAUUUGUCUAUCUCAGUGACAGUCAGAUUUCUUCAUUGUUGAUUUAUUUGUUCCUGACCCACAUGUAAAUGACUUCCUGUGACCUCUUCGUUGUGUUUUUGCUAACAAGUGAUUUUUAGGCAAAAGGUUGAACUAUAUUCGAUAAGAUCACUCUAAAUGCUGAAAGCAAACACAAGUAAAAAAACAUACAGAAUAAUUUGUCUGUGAGCUAAUGCUGCAGCUCCUGUUGCACAUCGAGUUAUCUGGCAUUACUGCUAUCUUAUGCACUUGCACAUGUGUGUGUGUGUUGCAUGUAAAUAGUCUGUGUCGGUGUGUGUGUGUGUGUGUCUGUGCCUUAAGUAUGUACAGUGAGUCUGGUACUGGUUUGUGUGUGUAGAAAGGAGCCUUGUUGUGUUUAAGGGAUCGUCAGAUUGUGGGAUAUUUGCUCUGUUAUGGUUUAUUGUCAUGUUACUGAAAUAAAACAUUCCAGUAAAGAGGAA